AUGUUUUGUCCCGAUCAGAAUGCGUAUCUCCAACUAGUAUGUCCUAUAGAGCCACGGGUGAUAAACAAGGCAGUGAGAAAGGCUAUGCGUAGGAAGGUGAAUGAACCUCGUGAUGAUAAAUAUAAUUUAUUAACGACUUCUAUAUCAUCUUCAAGACUGGAUUCAUCACAACCGUCGUUGUCUAUGCCUUUUGUCGACGUCACUGAAGCUCGCCUGGGCCUAGGCCGUAAUGGACUUAAAAUUGUAGUCAGGGAGCUCAAUUCUCCGGACAAAUUAACAAAAAUUAGAGCUGUGCAUACUGUUGGUAAUCUGGUCGCUGGAAUGGACUGCGCCCUACACCUCAUUGAUCUACAUGUCAUAUACAGACUCAUCGACCUCAUGCAGGAUAUCGAGCCCAUCAUCAGGGAGAGAGUUGCUUUCAUCCUCACCAAGUUUGCUACCAUGUAUCAGGGCAGAAAACGCAUCAUGAGCCGACCUAUCGUCGUCGACCAUCUCAUCCAAAUGUUCAUGCAAGACCGCAAAGAAGUACGAUACGCUGCCGCGCUCUGCCUCAAAACGCUAACCAGAGAUAGAUGCGCUUGCGAAAUAAUCAACAAGAAUGAUAAAAUAAUCGUAAGCCUUCUAAAAAUGAUCAAACACGAUUACAUGGAGAUUGUACUGUAUCAUUUGAAUUCGCUCAAGAACUUGUCGGAAUGGGACCCCGUGGGGCCGUUGAAAGCAAACGCGUUUUUGGUAAUGAAGAAGUUGCUUGUAUACCACCAGUACAGGGUUGUACAUGCUGCUUUGGACUGUAUGACACAAAUGUGCAAACACAGCGUGGGCAAGCAACUCGCUGACAAAUAUGACUUGAACUGUACUUUGUUACAUUACCUGAUGUCGCCAGAAAUAGAAGUGAUCGUGAGCGCUGUUGGUCUGAUGCAGUACACAACAGUGACAACCCAGUCGAAGUGGAGAGCGAAACAAUUCGGGUACGACUUGAUCAAACGUUUAGUGGCUUUGACAGCGUCGCAUACCGUACCAAUACUGCAGCUUCGAUCAUUACAAGUCAUGAUAAACCUCAGCUCCUGUUCUGACAUCAGGUUUGAGCUGAAGAAUAAUUGGGAACAAGCUAUUGCAUCGCAAGUAAAAAUUAGGCCUUUUGAGAACUGGGACGGCACUUCAACAAAUACAACUUUUACUACAAAGACUGGGUAUAACUACGAGACGAUGUGCAUAGAGGACGAAGAUACCAUCAAAGCAGAUUUCGGUGACCGUGUUCAAGCAUUUGAUACUCAAAGCUAUGCGAAACGCAUCGCAGACGCUAAAAAGAGACUGCUAGCAGCUAUUAAUAAUACGAACUAUAAAGAAUAAAAAUCAGUCGUUGUUUUGAAGA